UUGUGUUGCCUUUUAUAUUGUAAAUAAAUAAAUACUUUUAAAAUACUUGGACCUACGCUUAUACAGAAAACUUAGUUAAACAAUAUACAAUUACUCUGACAACUGUGAUAGGACAUCUUUGUAAUUCAACUUUUGUAAAAGUUUAUAAUUUUGUUGCCGACUCUCCACAAUGAAAGUUAACUAGAUCAGGAAACCAUGUAAACAGUUUCAAAUAUAAUGGAUGAGAAAUGUCAACAAGCAAUAGGAUAUUCCACUAAAACAGCUCUCUUAAAAUUAAGAGAUGAUAUUCGGAAUGUCAUUGAUGAAUAUAAACAUAAAAAUCGCAUGAGGCUCGGGAUUAUACGCAAGAUAAUAUCAUUUAAUUCAGAAAAAGUAUUGUUAUCUGGAGUCGCCUACACAGUCACCAUAAUUAAUAUUGUAUGUUUGCUGUUAACUUAUCUAAUAGGAGAGACUGUCCUUCCUCAAGGAUACUUACUUUGGGAAGCCUUAUUUUUAUUCAUUAUUUUGAUAGUCAACUUUUUGGUUGCACUUAAUGAAGAAUACUUGUAUCAAAAUGAAAUACCACAUAGAGUGAAGAAGGUUUUAGAAACACUAGACUCAGCGAUUGAGAAGUGUUAUUGGAAAGAGAUCCAUUAUCCCCAUCUAUGUGCACCAUUUUCACCAUGUGUUAUACUGCAAUGGACUUACAGAGAUGGUACUAUUGUAAAUUUACCAUGGGCUUUAUUAGUGGAAGGUGAUAUAAUAGUUCUUCGACCUGGACAGGAGGUCCCGGGUCAUGUUCAAGGACUAAGCCCAGGUGACCCGGAGUUAUUUUUUGGUCAAAUUUUUCAAUCUGACUCAAAGUUUACUAAAGAGAACUGCAGUGCUCCUAGAGUGUGUACCCCUCACCCUAACAAAGAGUACAGAAUGUGUGAGACGCCCUAUCUAAAGAACCUCAGACUGGCACUCGAUGAAGCUACCAACAGACCCGUCACAGUCUAUGAAAAACAAAGGUACUUGUGUACAGUUAAAAUUAUGGAAGGCAUCGUAAUGCCUGUGGUUAUCAUACUUAUGGUGGUUGGUUGUAUCAUUAGACAUCUAUAUGAUCUGCCGGGCACCACACAUUGGACGGAAGUGUACUUACUACAGACGAUUGCUGCUUCUCUGCCGCUGCUGCAAAUAAUAUUCCCUAUUAUAUGGGUCACACUUAAUUGUUACGGACUCGCCACUUUCAAACAUCUAUCUAUGACUCGCCCGAAGUACUCUAGACCUAAGUCCUGCUCUAUAUCGGAAGACGCAAGCGAUCCACUCAUACAAGUAUUGAGCGAUCCGAACCUAAGACCUAAGAGCUUCCAUGCUUUGGCGAAAACCUUCUGGAAUAUUCUCAUUGGCAAGGAGGACAUGGUCACACGAACUUCAAACAUAGUCCAUGUCUUAGGAUCGCUUUCGGCUCUAUGCUGCGUAGACAAGAAAGGCAUACUGUCAUGGCCGAAUCCAACAGCAGAAAAAGUAUUCUUCCUUCGUAACUCCAGUCCCACGUCGCAGAACUCCAGCAAGACCAGUCUAGUGGGGUCUAUGGGACAUCACAGCGAAACUACCUUGGACCAGACUGGAGACAGCAAACAGAACACCGAACCGUCCACCGUUGUUGAGGUCCUGGACUUGACCCACGACCAGAACGCGCCGUUCCGUGUAGAGUUCGACGAACAGCGUUGGCGGACACACCUCGCUCGCCUCAAGCCUCUGGGUCUUGCAGCGCUCCUCAACACCUGUGCCGCACAACCGACGCACACAUACGCACACUUCUGUGCACAUCUCACAUGCGAGGCACAGCACAGUGAGGAUUUAGUUCCAGUCACCAACAGAAGAUGUCUCUGUGAGUUAGCGAAGCAAAUAGGAUUCACGGACUCGGUCACUGACUCCUACAGUAUACAGGAGUGUUUGGCCGUUUUUAGACAUUUGCAAGCGGAUACAAUAAGACGUGAGACUCGAUUCGUUCGUUCGCUCCACCUCAGUACACGUGUGAAGGUUCCUCUACCACACAUGCUGGCGGUCAUCGUUAAAGAUCACGCGAAUCAACUACAGAUGCUGUCACAGGGUACGGCUGAUAUAAUAUUGGAUUCAUGCGUGGACUUCUGGAACGGUCGCGACCUGACGACCAUAACGCCCUCCGAUAGGAAGAAGAUAAUAGAUUUCUACCAACGGAACUCUCUCACGGCGUACUGCACCGCAUUUGCUUAUAAACCGCUCACCCGCGGCGUGGCGCCGUGCGUGUCCCGUCAGUACCUGGAGCUGCCCGCUGACAGCCGGCCGUUGUACGCUCACUGCCAGCUGUGGCCGGACGCGCCCGCGUUACACUUCCACUCUACAGACUCUUUGUUGUUCAACGAAGUGACGGAUGACGACGUCGAUGACGCUGACGGAUAUUUUGACAUGCAAUGUAAUCAGGUUUUCAUUGGUAUGGUGACGAUGCAGUACCAGGCUCAGAGCGAUAUGGUGGAACUGAUAGAGCGUUUGGAGCGAGCCUGCAUACGAUUUGUGCACUUCAGUAAGGAGAACGAGCUCAGAUCGAGGGUUUUCAGCGAGAAGAUGGGCCUAGAGUCUGGUUGGAACUGCCAUAUAUCACUUAUGAAUGAUCAGAAACAUAGCGCGGCCGGGUCUCCGCUAUGCUCUGAGACACAGCGCUCCAACGCCCACGCUAGGAACGAACUCACUGACGCCUUAAUAUAUAGCGGGAAUAUGGCGGCGUCGAAGUCUUUGUCGAUGUCCGCGCCCGGGGCCAUCAACGUUGAACACAGUACAGUUAAAUUUGACGACGAAAUAAAAAAAACACGUCAUUCCAUAACAGCACACAGCGGACUAAAGGAGGUUCAGCUGAGCAACGCCAGCCAGGCGUCGACGGACUCCCUGCUGGGGUCUCCGGCGGACGGCUGCCGGUCCCUCUCCUGCCUCACAGACUCCACCGACCACAGCGCGCCGCUCAACUUCGACAUGAGCAACCGGGCCAAACUGCCCCGGGGCAUUGAGAACAUUCGUCCUCACAUCGAGCAGGUGGACAACGUGCCGCUGCUGGUGUCUCUGUUCACGGACUGCACCGCCGGCUCCGUGCAUCAGAUGAUACAAAUCAUGCAGGAUUACGGUGAAGUAGUUUGCGUAAUGGGUUCAGCGGCCAACUGUCAAAAUAUGGAGAUUUUCAUGCAGGCGGAUGCUAGUAUCGCUCUAGAACCGCUGUAUCCUGUGCUGUGCCAAAAAAUGCCUCCCUAUGAAGUCCCAGACGACUGCAUCGGACCCAUCGACCUGGCGAACGUACUGAACUCUGUGCCGUGCUCGCUGUCGCUAAAAAAUAAAUGGCAAAGUCAACCGACUACCAAUUAUUGCAAUACUCUGAUGUCGCGCGAGGCGGACGUGUCGCUGUUCGCUCUCAUCGCGAUGUCGCGUCACUUCAUGAUGUGUCUCUGGAACAGCACGCAGUUCUCUAUUUGCAGUUCCUGCUUCAUAUCUUUUAUACAGGUGUGUUCCGCGCUAGUGUGUCUCCCCGGUUGCGUGUCGGCUGGCGGUUGUCUAUGGUCGGUGUGUGCGUCGGCGCUCCUGGCCGCAUCAUUAUCUGGAGCCCCGGCCUCCCUCGCCGCGCCCCUCAUGCUGCGAGCCGCCACUAGACCUGCUCUCGUACUAAACGCCAGAACGGCGCUGUUCGUUUUCUGGUUCUACGCCUGCAAGUUCUUACCCGCCGCUGUGUCAAUAUUGAUGUUACACGCUUUGACAUUGAGGAGUUUCUGCGACCAAAUAGCCGAUCACACCCAGACGACGUCCUGUUGGAUCGUGUACCCGGUUAACAUCGGAAACUAUACGGCCGACCGCGACCUGUCUGAGAAGAGUUGGCAGGGGUGGGGGGACGACUUCUACGACGGGUUCUAUCUAGCACGACAUAUAACGCUCGCUUUGAUUAUUUUGCAUUUAAUCGUCAUAUCCAUAUCAUUUGUACACCGACAACACUCGAUCUGGCAGCGAGGUUUCUGGACGAACAGAGUCUGGUGUAUAACCGUCGUUGUGCUGAUCCUGACACAGUGUGUGUUCAGCGGCGCGCUGUUGCGAGCCUCGUAUGUAGACUGCGAGGCGUGGUCCAUGUGUUCGUUCCGCUACCACGUGCCGUGGCCGUUACUCGUCGGUUACGGAACCUCACUGGUUUUUGUAUUCGGCCUCAACGAACUCAUUAAAUGGCAGGAGAUGAAAGUCGACGCGCGAAACCAGAGACGCGCCAGAUUGGAUUUUGGAACAAAACUGGGGAUGAAUUCUCCAUUUUAAGGCUUUUAUUGCUUCUAGUCAAUUACUUUUAAUUUAAGAUUAAACGGACAAUUUAAACUACUAAUAUUAAGAGAAACGAGUGUACUUUUUACGUACCUAAUUACUAUUUUGUACUUAAUUUAUUUGUUCAAUUGUUUUGACAUGAUUUUUAAAUAAAGAAAUAAUAAAAAACGGA